CCUACGAGCCAGACUGAGACCACAAACUCAUCGAUAUGGAUCCACGACAAAGAUUAAAACCGGCAGCAACUUUAGCAGAGCUACCGCCGGAGAUAUGGCUUUCCAUCUUGCGAGAAGCUACUGCAGAGGCGGAACCUCUCCGACCACCCCUUCACACCGUCUUCAUUCGAAAUUGGUCCAGGGGCCGACCCACGAAAACAGCACGAAGGCGAAGGAAGCAAAGCAUGACAACGAAGCGGAACGUUGUGCUAGUGUGCAAAGCAUGGCAUUCGCUGGCCCUCCCCUUCCUCUAUGAGCGCCUCUUCUUGACCCGACGCGAACAGAUUAUAUCUGUGCUGCGUAACAUAGAGAACGGCGGCACAGACCUGGGCAGCUACACGUCCCGACUGGACAUCUAUGGGAAUUCUGGACUUCUAAAGCCAGCCUCCAACCAAUUCCUCCACGAUCUGGCAUCCCUCCUCAGCCAUCUUCCGCGGUUGCUUGUCCUCAUUAUCCAGGACCUCAUUGGCCAGGAUGGAGACUCCUUCCUCCUCCACGCUUCUCCGGGCUUGGAGUAUAUCAGUUGGGCAGGGUCGGAAGCCUCGCCGUCCACGUGGGCCAAGUUCGUCACGGGUCAUCCGAACCUGCGCACCGUUGGCGCACCAUCGGCGCAGGACCACAGGUUGAAAGUGUUCGUGUGCCCCGAAGUCAACCAGAAGCUCGAACACGUUACAGAUCUCGCCACGGUCUGGGGUUUCGAUGCGGGGCAAUGGUGUGAGAAGUGGGUGAAGCCUGGCACGAUACGGUAUCUCAAUACGGCCUCACCUCGAUCAUACGACGAUGUCCUGUUCUAUGGAAACUCAAGACUCGGUAUCUCGAAUCCAAUUGUGACCCACGGAACAUCCCUUACGACUCUCCAUUACCAUAUAAGCCAUUUCGGCUUCGAGAUAGAUCAAGAAGCCAGGCACUUGGACCUAGCCCUGAAGCACUGCACAAACCUGCGCCAACUCAACCUCUUCUUCAAGUACCGGUGGUGUUUCGAAAUAGCCACGCUGGACCCGAGACCCAACAUCACCACGCUUGGAAUUAUGAGAACUGGGAUUACUCGACGACGAACUGCUAAGCAGCUGUUCGCUGUGCUUUUGCAAGUCAAAGACCAUUGGUUACCCAACCUUCAGGUCAUCCAAUUCCUCCAUGAAGGAACCAUUGUCCAAUUACGACAUUACUUUGUGCACCAUGGUUUAGAAAGAAAGUUUCAUGAGCGCGGGAUCGCAUUACAGUACUACGAUGGAGCGGAGUAUGUAGAUUUCCUUACCGUACUAUAG